AUGGCGGCAGACAGGAAAAUGGAAAGAAAGAACCAGACAAUUGUGACAGAGUUCAUUCUCUUGGGACUGUCGGAUGAUCCUAACAUCCAGUCUGUCCUUUUUGCUACAGGGCUGUUGAUAUACAUGUUUGCAUUAGCAGGGAAUCUGGCCAUUAUUGUUUUGAUAUGGACUGAUCAGCACCUCCAGACUCCAAUGUACUUUUUGCUGAGGAAUCUAGCCAUUACUGAUAUUGGCUAUGUCAGCUCCACCACGCCGAAAAUUUUAUGGAAUCUCAUGUCAGGGCACAAGACCAUCUCCUUUGCUGGUUGUGCAUUCCAAAUGUUCUGCUUUUUAAUUACAGGAGGUGUUGAAGGUGGCCUAUACACAGUCAUGGCAUAUGAUCGUUAUGCUGCCAUUUGCCACCCAUUGCACUACACGUUACUCAUGAACCAGUCUGUGCUCAGAUGGCUCCUUGCAGCAUGUUGGACCACUGGAGGAGUUAAUGCCACUUUCAAUACUGCCUUUGUUUUCUCCUUGAACUUCUGUGGUCCCAAUAAGAUAGUGCACUUCUUCUGUGACAUCCCACCUGUUUUGAAUCUGUCUUGCUCUGACACUUCCCUUGCUGAACUGGUGACUUUUGUGAUCUCUGGAGGCAUCUUGGUAGCAUCUGUCUCUAUCAUUUUUGUCUCCUAUGUCCUGAUUGUCUUAGCUGUACUCAAAAUCAGUACAGCUCAGGGCAGGAUGAAGACAUUCUCUACUUGUACCUCUCACCUUACUGCAGUGAGUCUUUCCUACAGCACAGCCAUCUUAAUGUAUGCAACACCUUCCUCUGUACGCUCCAGGGAAGUUGACCGUGUGAUCUCUGUGUUGUACACCGUCACCAAUCCUUUGCUGAACCCUCUAAUCUACAGCUUCAAAAACAAAGAAAUGCAGGCAGCACUUCUGAAUCUUCUUGGAAAGAAACAACAUUCUUAG